UGGUGGUGCUCAUGGAGGGUCUCCAAGCUGCUCAGCGUGCCUGUGGACAGCGCGGCCCUGGCCCCCCUGAGCCCCGGGAGGACCACACUGUGCCCGGCGAGUGGCCAUGGCAGGCCAGUGUGAGGAAGGAGGGGGUCCACGUGUGCAGUGGCUCCCUGGUGGCAGAUACCUGGGUCCUCACUGCUGCUCAUUGCUUUGAAAAGGCGGCAAUGACAGAGCUGAACUCCUGGUCAGUCGUCCUGGGUUCUCUGCAGCGAGAGGGGCUGAGCCCAGGGGCUGAGGAGGUGGGCGUGGCCGCCCUACAGCUCCCCAGGGCCUAUAACCACUACAGCCAGGGCUCUGACCUGGCCCUCCUGCGCCUCGCCCACCCCAUGGCCCCAACACCCCUCUGCCUGCCCCGACCUGCCCAUCGCUUCCCCUUUGGGACCUCCUGUUGGGCCACUGGCUGGGAUCAGGACAUCAGUGAUGCUCCUAGGACCCUACGGAACCUGCGCCUGCGUCUGAUCAGCCGCCCCACAUGCAACUGUCUCUACAACCGGCUACACCAGCGGCUACUGGCCAGCCCGGCCCGGCCUGGGAUGCUGUGUGGGGGUGCCCAGCCUGGGAUGCAGGGGCCCUGCCAGGGAGACUCCGGGGGCCCUGUAAUCUGUCGUGAGCCCGAUGGACACUGGGUUCAGGCUGGGAUCAUCAGCUUCGCAUCCAGCUGUGCCCAGGAAGACACGCCCGUCCUGCUGACGGAUAUGGCUGCUCACAGCUCCUGGCUGCAGGCUCGAGCGGAGGGGGCCGCCUUCCUGGCCCAGACCCCUGAACCCCAGGAGAUCAGUGACGAGGACAGCUGUGUAGCCUGCGGAUCUCUGAAGGGAGGGCCUACUGCGGGAGCCCCGUCCCCAUGGCCCUGGGACGCCAGGCUAAAACACCAGGGGAGGCUGGCCUGCGGCGGAGCCUUGGUGUCGGAAGAGGUGGUGCUGACCGCCGCCCACUGCUUCAUUGGGCGCCAGACCCCAGAGGAAUGGAGUGUGGGGCUGGGGACCGAGUCAAAGGAAUGGAGCUUGAAGCAACUCAUCCUCCACGGGGCUUACACCCACCCCAAUGGGGGCUACGAUGUGGCCCUCCUGCUCCUGGCUCAGCCCGUGACACUGGGUCCCAGCCUGAGGCCCCUGUGCCUGCCCUACGCCGACCACCACCUUCCUGAUGGGGCACAUGGCUGGGUCCUUGGGCUGAGCCACCAAGGCACAGGCCUCAGCUUGCCUCAGACAGUGCCCGUGACCCUCCUGGGGCACAGGGCCUGCAGCCACCUGCAAACAGCCCUUGGGAGCAACAGCACCCCCAUCCUGCCAGGGAUGUUGUGCACCAGUGUUGUGGGGGAGCCGAAGCACUGCGAGGGUCUGUCUGGGGCGCCAGUGGUACACGAGGUGAGGGGCACGUGGUUCCUGGCCGGACUGCACAGCUUUGGAGAUGCCUGCCAGGGGCCGCCGAGGCUCGCAGUCUUCACGGCACUGCCACCCUACGAGCACUGGGUCACCAGCCUAGACUGGCAAGUCUACUUCGCCGAGGAGCCUGAACCCGAGCCUGCAAGCUGCCCGGCCAACACGAGCCAGCCUGGCAGCUGCUGACAGACACACAGACACAGGGAGGCCGCUCCCAUCCCCCCGCACGCCACUGCAGGCCUUGGGACAGGCCCAACAGCUGCCUGUGCCCCCACCCUGCUGGACAGGGAGCUGCCACCGUGGCUGACCCACCCGGCUCCAC